CUGGAAAUGGAAAGACAGCUGUUAUUUUCAAUCGCAUAUGCUCCUAAAAGAAAUGUCCAAGACCGAAAAUGAUUUCUGGAUCGGUGAUUUUGUUAGGGGUGCCAAUCACCGGCAUAAUUACAUCCUUGACAGAUUCUACACUGCCAACGAUCAGGUUUUUGCCAGUGCAUUUCUUAUGGAGUUUUUCCCAAACGGUAAUUCCGCCGCUAUUAGUUCAGAAAAGGUUGAUAUUCCAUUAUGCAAUAUUAUGCUCUAUAUGUCCAUUAUCUAACUUCUGGAUUUAUGUGAACAGCAAUUAUGCUCCAAAUUAGCUUCUAACGAUGGUAAUAUCUCAUAUACUCCGUUCAGCCAGUUACUUAAUCCACAUUGUACCUUGGUCAAUAAAAGCCUUACAAUCCGAAACCGAGUACCGCGAAU